AUGCACGCACGUCUCUUGGCAGCCAAAUCAUUCGGCAUCACCUCCUUACUUGUAGCACCAUCAGUGGUGAUGCCCUUCACCGACUCAUCGGAGAGGGAAGGGGAGGGAGACGGGGAGGAGGAGGAGGAGGAGGAGGAGGCGGAGGGAGCCUCCGUAGACGUCUUCGGAAGGCACGAGGUGGAUAACGCUGAUGUAAACACAGCGUUUCUCGCACGCGUCCCUCCAACUGACACAUCGAUACUCCGCGCAGUAGGCGUGGAAGAAGGCGAAGACGAUGGCAGAACUGGUGGUGGUGCAGGUCGAACCACAUCCACAGCUCUUGGCGACUCCGAUCGCAGUCGUUUCGCAGGUACACCUCCCGCAUUCCAUGACAGCAACAAGUUUCGCCAUAACCGUCGACCUUCCUCACCCGCGGAGUCCUCACAACAUCCCCUAUUUUGUCAAAACACCAAUCCGUAA